GAGUCGGAGACUUGAGUCUAUUUGGGGUCCAAACCCUCAAAACAAACCCUCUCCUCGACUCAAAGCGAAGAGACGAAAAACCGCCACCACCCACGCCGUCUGCAACAACCGGCAACAACUACUCCGUAUACAGGCAAGUCGGAGAGCUAAUGGAACAGAGAUUGGCUAAUACGUUAAACACUGACGGUGAAUGAAGAAAUUCAUCGAGUCUGCAUUACUAUCUGACCUUAGAGUUGACGGUAGGCGUCCUUUCGAUUAUAGAAAACUACUAUCAUCUUCGGAAGAAAUCUGGUUGAUGCUGUCCAAUAGUGCUGCAUUGGCUGCCUUAAUCACAUUUAGAAGGCCUGAAUGUACAAUUGGAGGUGAAAUGAUCAAGAAGUCAUUGUACAUCCACCAGAGGUGCGGGGAGCCACUUCCACUAAUAAUCCACCAUCUUCCAGUGGCAGUAACAUUUGGGUUUUAUGGUAAAGAAAACAUUGUGGUAAUUGACCCAACUCACCAUGAAGAGGGGUUGAUGGGAGGAUCAAUGACUGCAACACUGAACACAAAUGGUGAAGUGUGUGCCAUUCAAAAAGCUGGUGGUGAAGGCGUCUUACAAAGUGUCAUCAUGCAGUGUUUUACGCAUUGCUUCUGUUAAAGCUGCUGAUAUCACAAGCAAAAUAAAAAUGCUGUUGAAUCGUUAAUACAGAAAGAUCACUAAGGAAAAUCAACGACAUAAUCCUUCUCUCACUGCUGUGAAGAACAAAUAACACAAUGAAGUUUUUAAAAGAAACUGAAUUUAGUCCAAUAACACAUUUUGUACGGAUGUUAAAAACGGAUCAGUAGAGGAUUUUCAGAUUAGAUUAUUGCUAAGUGUUAUAUGAUUAUUUUUGGACUUCAUUUAUGGUGUGUAGUGUGUUGUAUGUAAUUACAAGCCUUCAUUGUCAUGGCAAAAUUUAGUUGAUACAUUUUUCAUGUAAGAACUUGUGCCCAUAUUUCGUGUGAGAUAUUUUUUGAGCGGA